AUGGUACAACGGGAGGGCGGCUCGUUUUGUCUCGGCGAGGAGGGGAGCUGUGUAAACCAGACUGGGUGGAGCAACACAUCGCCCAGCCCCAUCUAUCGUGCAGACGGCCUUGUGUCCCGUUUGCCUGGAGCUCGGAGAGAGACUACUGUACUGAAAGUCUGGCGGAUAGAGGAGAGAGAGGGGGCCGGUCUAUGGGAGGGACUAGCGCAAAGUGGGGGAAUUGGAAGGAGGGGGGGCGAGGAGGAGGCGGCACGGGUGCUGUUUCUCCAGUCUCUUUCCCCUGUCUUUGUCUCACACACUCUUUUGUUAGCCAUGCCUAGCCUGCUGGUUCUAGCAGGGAUCAUGGAGAAAAAUGGGGGCUACGGCGGGGAUCUGGCCGGCUCCGGCUUCGGAAGCGAAGGUCUCCUUGUGCCGCCCGAUGAGGAGGAAGACGACUCCCGUGCCCUCAGGGUCGCGCUGGGCCAGUUGUCUCUGCUGGGGCUCGGGGAAGGCGAGGACGGCGGCGGAGCCCCAACAACAGGAGUACAGGACCGGAGUAACAAUAACAACAACCACCACAACCACACGAACAGCGUUGGAGGUGGCGGGGACACGGCGAUUCUGCAAGGGAAAAGCAAGUUGUGCGCCCUGUAUGAGAGCUCCUCAAGUGAGACGAAAGGACGAGGCUGCAACAUAACAGAAUGCGUCCCAGUGCCCAGCUCUGAACAUGUGGCCGAAAUAGUGGGGAGACAAGGUUGCAAGAUCAAAGCCCUGCGGGCCAAGACCAACACCUACAUCAAAACUCCCGUUAGAGGAGAGGAGCCUGUGUUCUUAAUCACUGGCCGGAAGGAGGAUGUUGCACUGGCCCGCCGUGAAAUCAUCUCUGCUGCAGAGCACUUCUCCAUGCUCCGGGCAUCCCGCAACAAGCUGGGAGUGUCCUUUAGUGGCUCCCCACCCACACCUUUGCCAGGUCAGACCACCAUUCAGGUGAGAGUGCCAUACCGCGUUGUGGGGCUGGUAGUGGGGCCUAAAGGCUCCACCAUCAAACGCAUCCAGCAGCAAACCUGUACUUACAUCGUCACUCCCAGUCGAGACCGCGACCCUGUCUUUGAAAUCACAGGGUCACCGAGCAACGCCGAGCGCGCCCGUGAGGAGAUUGAAGCACACAUCGCCUUCCGAACAGGAGGCCUGCAUGACCACAAUAAUGAGAAUGACUGUCUGGGGCCGAAUGGUGGAAGCAGCCCAGCGGGCAGCAGUGGUGGUCUGGAGAGCCGGCUACAGCAGGUGUGGGGGCUGCAGGGGGGCCAGCGCAAGCCUCUCACCAGCAGCUACCGCCAGAACUUCUCAGAUGCCAUGGUUGGAGGGGGAGGAGGAGGAGGAGGAGGAGGAAGCGAGGGAGGGGGAAUCUACAACAAGGGCAACUUCUCCAGCUCCGGAGAGAAGCCUUGCUCUUAUUUUGGAUCAGAGGGAACCCAGAGCUGGGGCGACCCCGACUACCCCAAACAGGUGGCCUUCUAUGCCCAGCAGCGUUCCAAGAGCUUUGGAGGCCUCACACUCCCCCUGACCAGACUCUCCCCUGGCUUACCCGACUCCUGCGGAGGUGGAAGCACCAACAACUCUUCAGUCACCAGCAUUGUGCCCGUAGCCGGCUCACCUCAUGCCCAGGCCCGCCGCGCCCACAGUGAGCCCACCUCUGCCGGCGAGGGUUUCCCGGGCCGUCUGCCAGUGCCGGACUCGCCACCGGCCACUGUACGGGACUGCAUGACCUGCUUUGAGAGCAAAGUGACGGCUGCCUUGGUGCCCUGUGGCCAUAACCUCUUCUGCAUGGAGUGUGCCAUCCGAAUCUGUGAGCUCAACCACCCGGAGUGCCCAGUGUGCCACACCCAGGUCACACAGGCAAUCCGAAUAUUCUCUUAAGGAACCACAUCAGUUUUUAUCAUUAGUUUUGUCAGUGUUUGUUCAAUAAUUAUUUACUGUUAUUAUGAUUAUUAUUAUAAUACACAUUUUUGUUUUUCAGAAAAUUUAAAAACAAUCAAGCAGAUAUUUUAGAAGGCACUGCUUGCUUUACUAAAAAGUAUAAGAAAUAUUUUUAAGUUUUUCUUUUAUAUAUAUAUGCAUAUAUAUUUUAUAAAAGUUUUGUUUAUAAGAGAAGUAUAGUACCCUGCAUUUUCAGUUUUUUGACUGCUGCUGUUUUUCAUUCAUGAAUGACAGUGUAGGCAGAGGUAGUAAUGUGAACAUUUUAUUAUUCAAAUUUUUAUUUUACCAUGAAGUGGGUUUAUAUUGAAGGAAGAUGAUUGUUGAGGUACCCAGUCUGCACCUGACUGACCUAGAAAGUCAAUGUUGUUAUUAGAAGGAAAAAAAAAACAGAAUUUUCAUUGCACCUUACAAUCAUCUUGGUCUAAAAUAGGAUUGUCAAUCAUACCUUGAAAUUUCAGGAGCUGAUAAGAAGGCGAAUUCAGCCUUUUCAGUUUUACUGUGAUGGUGAUUUGAUAUAAUUGGUCCAAAACAGAUAUUAAUUUUAGCAAAAUGAAAAUGUGAAUCAAUUGGUUUUAGUCAAAGCCCUGUAAUCUAGACGAGGAAACAAAAACAGCCCCUUAUUUCAUUCUUGUACCUUAUAGUCUUAUAAACCAGAUUAACGCUAAAAAGGGAUAAGACAUUGCAUCAUUUAUUUAUAGUAAUUGGUUAAAUUUUAUUGGUAUCAUUAUUCACAGAGAUAGAUGAAAGUUGUAUAAAGUAUCAGUGAAAUUUUCUUUCCAGUAGCCAUUGAUUACACUUUGGUCACUGCAGUUUGUUGAAAAGAUUCAGUAAAGCUUGCUCCUCGUGGCACUUGAAAAGCAUGUGGUCCCUCGGUUGGCUUAAAGCACUGAUUUAAUUUGUGAGGCCGAAAGCCUUGGAAUUCAUCCAGUUGGCUAGUUCUCGACAUCUGUCUCCCCGAUGGACUUGUUUCAAAGCCACCUUAACCGCGCUUUAUUGUCUCGUGUGGUCAUUUGGCCACGGUCGCUGAACGAUAUAGGACAAAGCAAGAGCUCCAGUCAACAAGCAUUUCUCUGAGGUGUGCACUGUAAAUAAGGAGGAGAAUUAGUACGUGGACAGAAGCCGAGUAAAACUGUAAAAUGUUUCCUGAAUCAGCAUCAGACUCAGAAUAGUUGACACUGUAAAAUACACAGUCCCAAAUCAGUAAUCCUUACUCCAUGUCCCCAUUACUAACAGCAUUAUGUGUGAGCUCCGAGGGGCCUGCUGUCUCCCCUGUAAUUAGCAAAGCUGUACAGGAGCAGGUGUUUCAUGGCACACUGUGGCUGUGACCCCAAGUUGGAGGUCUUGCCUAGCCCCCUUUCUUUCUGUCUUUUCUUUGGGAGUGGCUUUUAUGUCUCCCCCUGCUUACAGUUCGAUCGUUUGCUUUCGAAGGCCUCUCUGAGUGGGGCGUAUUGUCUGGGCCCGGUAGCGGCGUGGGCUACAGAGUGCUCGGACACGGCCUGGAUCUACUCAUUGAUAAUUAGGCAAAUGGGCUGGUCCAGGUGCGGACCGUGUGGGGACUCUGGAGCUGUAUGAGGGGUAAGACCGGGUCCCGCAGUGAGCCCCUCACUGCCCCGCCCCACUGUUACAAGCACAGAGGGGGCUGGAUGGUCUGGAUGCAGCUGGGCGAAUAGGACCCCCUCCUUCUGCUCCCUCUUGCCCCUUCCUCCCCCCUUUUCCUCUCCUUUUCUGCUGUUCUGAGCUAUCCCUACUGGGGAGAGGGGGGCCUCUUUUGUCCCAAAACACACACACACACACAAAAUUUGAAAGACAUUAGCUGAAUUUGGCAGUGCCUGUGAAAUGAGGGGAGGCUUAGGAGCAAAAUAAAUUAUCUACAGUUAUCGGAAGAAACGCCAGCUACCUGUUUUCAACGUUAAUGUCACACGGUUUGCCAUAUACACUUUCCAAACGAUGAAAAUGUUCAUGUUCAUCUACAAAAGAAAGAAUGCGUGAUCUUAUCAUACGAGGGUGCAGCAUUAACACCCCUCUGCCACCCCCUACCCCCUCCCACCUCACCCCGCCCCACUUCUCCACUCCCAAACUACACUGCCCUGAAAUUUGCACUGGUGCUGUUUGUGUGACAGUGCCAGUGCAAAUCGAAGUUUCCAUAAAGCCCCAGCCCCCUUUUACCUCCAGUGCCCCCCCCACCACCACCACCUCGUGUCAGCCCGCUACUGUAUGGGACAUCCUGCAGCUGCCCCUUCACUAUGGACACCCGGGCUUCAUCCAAUGGCAGCCCCCUUCGCUUUGAGCUUCCAGAAUGAAAUCAGACAAUUGUAAUUGACAGGAAAGCAGAGGAAACGCCCCAUUUAACCAGCACUCAUGCUGAAUCAAAUUACACACCCUCUGCGUCUGCCUUAGCCCCAGCCUGGGGAUUUCAGAGGGCUAGAGAGAGGAUGGGGGUUGGGAUUAAAGCUGUUGAAUGAUAGGGAGGGGGUGGGGGGGUUCAUUUUGGUUAGAGAAACAGAGAAGUAUGCUCCAAUAUAAAUGAGACCCUGCAGAUCUAGCAAUUUCAUUGAUCAUUCAAGUGUUGCAGUGAGUUUUGAGUUGUCACAUGUGGGCCAGUAGUGACGACAGGGAACACUGGUGAUUCAGCAGGCCUUUCUUGUGUUGUACUGGAGAACAAUUCAACUCGGCUUCUGUCUCAAAGAAAAACGAACAAUUACAAAUUGUGUCAUGUUGGACACAAAGGCCCCUCCUUUAAAAAGAAAAAAAAAAAAAAAAGAACACAGCAUAUAAAGCAGACCACUCGCGUUACAUGUGGACUGCAGGAAAAGCACUGCACUUGCAAAAAGUACCCUGAAGUCUAUCAGAUGUAGAAAUACAGAAUAGUUAUGGUUUUUAUGGAUGGAGAAAUUGCACAGUGGUUUGGCCUAAGCUUUCAACAUCAAAUUCAAGGCAGUGCGACACUGUUCUUUGAACCUAAUACUUUUUUGUUGUUUUGUUUUCUGCCUUAAUAUUUUUUUAUUAAAAUAUUGUCAUUACUUUGGCAUACAAGGUAGCAACUUUGGCCUUUGACAGUACCGCCCCCUGAACAACUUUUAAAGUACUUAUUUUUGGAGAAAAGAAUGUGAAUCAAAAUGCUUGGGUGGAGAUUAGAGGGAUUCAGGAAAUUAGGCUCUUACAACACUUUACUUAAAAUAUAGAGUAAAGCACCUUAUUACAAAACAUGCGCAUUUCAUUAAUACCAAACCGACCACUGAUGGUGAAAUAUAUUUCAUAGAAUUUGAAAGACAUGCACAUAAGGAUUCCCUAUCAUUUUUUGUAUUAUGGUGGUUCUUGUUAUUCUUAAUACUACAGUAGUACUAGUGGUAAUUUGGGAGACCUCUCGUCCAUUUAGUCAAUGCUGAUGACUUGAGUUGAGUUUUGCACUGGUUUAAUGAAGAGAGGGCUUAUUGGAGAUUCUCCCAGUUUAGACGCUGUAUAAGUUAAUGAGUAUUGUACUUUAUGGGAAAGCACUCUGAGCAUCUAUGUAAAUACAGUAUGUGUAUCGGUUAUGAGCAUCCAGACAAAGGCCCGCUUGAAGUGAGGUUUUGAUUAUUUUUACAAACUGAAAGUGUCAUUGUCAAUGUUUUUAGCAUAUGGAAUUCAAAAUGUUUCUGGGUUUUAGGGAGAGUAAAUCUUUUAUAUAUGUGUCCCAUCAUCCUUUUGACGAUAAUAGUAUAUUAGAUAGAUCCAUACAUUUAAGAAAUAUUAUUUAAGCUGAUUAACUUAGUAUUUCAUCCAAAUAUAUAAAUGAGAAAUUAACCAGACACUACUAUAAACUGUAAUAAUGAAUAUCCUUUAUGAAGCCGCUGAUGUAUAAAUCCAAUCUCAAAUAAAAACUCGAAUGAAUAGUAUGUGUAAUAACCUAACCCCUACUGAAUAAAUCAGUUUCUAUGUAUAUUAGGAUGAAAAGCAAUAAUAGGACUAUACUGGGACAAUAAACAGAGGAGCCUGCUUAGUCAGUUCUUCAAAUAAUAUUCUAUUCAGAAAUUGACCUUGACUAUUAGGAUAAUACUGCUGCAUUUCUGUCUCAUGUCUGCUUAAAAUUCAUUAUGGAUUCAUGCCAGUGUAGUAACACAUAUGAUUAAUUAGUAACCGUUUCAGGAUAAGUAAUUGUUCUCCUUGUGUUCAUCAGGGUCUUAGUCAUUUGAUUGCUUAAUUUUUACGUUGAAUAUCAAUCGGAUCACAGAGUGGGUCAAGACAAACUUAAGGAAUGCUUCUCCUGAGUGGCACUGAAAUGACGGAACUGCAAUUUCUGCGACUUAGAGAAAACCCCACUGCGCUGUAAAAGUAAUCGCUCAAGUGUAAACAAACAACAAGACCAGAGCACGAGCGCCGAGGUGUGUCCUGUUUGUUAAAAAGCAGGAGCUGGUGACUUUACUGAUGGCAGACUGAUGUCUUGAAGGCUUUGGUCAAAAACGUACACACAGCAGUGAGGAGUAGGGGGCAGGGCACCGUGAUAAGAUGUACUGUACCAGUCACUCUUUUACUGAACUCAUGUUGACCAUGCGAGGAGCUUUGAUUCAUUACACUCAUUCGUUUUCGUUAAAUUGUAUACAGGGGCAGAUGAGUUACUUAUAGCAUAUCUUAAAAUGAGUUCUGUUUACAUUAAGUUUCUGAUUUCAUGGCUCUAUUUGAUAACUGUGUUGCACCUACUUUUCAUCUGUAUUGUUUUUUGAAAGAAAAAGGUCAGACAUAGCCAAAGAACAAUUAGAAAGGGGAGGACGUGAACUAACUUAUCACUUGAUUUAACUUAUUUUAGCAUCAAAAUGAGUUUGGUUUAGAGUUUAUCGAAUUAAGAAAUAAUCUCAUAGCUAGAAUCACUCUGUUUAUCCAAAAGUCUUAGAGGCCACUCAAUCGAUAUCUGUGAAAUGAAGGCAUAUCAUGUUUCAGUGUUGUAAGAUUAGUUUAAUACUACAGAGGCGCCGGUAACAGACUUACUUCUCCCAAAGAGACCAGCUUACAGCACAUCCUGGCACUUACACAGUCCUUUGAGUAGUUUUCUAUUGUCCUGGUCAGAUUGUUGGGGGAAAAAAAAACACAGUCCAGGAAAUGUCUUAAUCUUUGUGAAAAACUUCUUUUCUGAGCUCGAGAAGUUGAGAUAAAAAGAAACUGCCCAAGUAAUUAAAAAAAAAAUAACUGAGAAGGUAUCUCGUCGUAUUGACAAUGACAAGCCAGUUAAAAUUCAGGCUGAAUUCUUAAUUUUUAAGACCCUCAGAGUAAACAGAAAGGGAUUACUUUAGAUGUAAACAAGGUGACAGUGUGAUAGUGAACAAAACAACACUGAUCUUAGUUAAUAUCGUUUAGGGAGCCAUUAACUGUAUCCUUGAGUUUAACUGCAUGUUAGGAAAAUAUAGUACCGUAGGUAAGAUUUAUCAGAAUAAAGUUAAGAUCACAUAACAAAUUCAUCAGCCUGAUACCUGAAGUGUAUAAAAAGCUUUAAGACCUUAAAGUUAACAUCGGUUUAAAAUCAUAUAUUUACCGUGUAGUUUAACUAAUUGAUACAUAAAGUUUAAUUAUGAUUCUUAAGAAUAUGCUAAGGUGUAAGUUUCAUUUGUCCAACUCACCCAGUAUGAAAUACUUUUUAAUUCAGUGGUGCGACAAAGGGGUGGGGUGACUCACAGUGACAUUUGAUUCAUUAAGUUCUUGUUAGUAUUAUUUACAGUAUUAUUUACAAUAUUGUAUUAAGCUUACUAUUAUAGUAAUGGUAGAAACUGUUGAUGUUUUUCUUCUCUUGAUAUGAAAAGGUCUUUAUGCAUUUAUGUAGAAUCCCUUUUAAGGAGUGAUAGGAAAUCCUUAUUUUCAAUGGAUGCACUUAAGCAAUUGUACCAACCUGUCUAAAUCACACAUUGAGCAAGUAAUGCAUUUGAAUGUAAAAAAAAAAAGGAAAAAAAAAUAGAAAAAAAGACCACUCAACUUAAUGCACUCCUUAUGCUUAUAUUGUUUUGUCAAUUUACAAGUGAGCUUUAAGUUUUUGUUUGUUUUUUGGAAAGAAUUUGCGACAGGUUUUCAACGUAGACUAUAUUUGAGUUCUUCCACAUACAUUUAUAGAAAGUAACUUAAAAAGAAUAAAAAAAAACAUAUUACAGUUUCUCAAAUCUAUUUUGCUAACAUGGGUUAUUAUUUCAUAGAAAGCAGAGGAAAAAAAAGUCAGUAUCUGGAUGUUAUUUAUGAAAAGUAAAAAAAUGAAGCAACAUAUUUAUGAGUAACCUCAAGACAUUUUGUUUUUUAAUUAAAAUUACAAGAAGUUAAUAUAUUUCUAAACACAGGGAAGUCAGUUUCUACUAAUAAGUAAAAUGAGAAAAGAAGUUUAGAAGUUUUAUUUAUGAAAGUUGUGGAUGCUCGUCUUUUCCAUGUACUUAAUUGUAAAUGAAGUAAAUGGAACGGGAGUUCCCCAUAGCUUAAAUUUUAACUUCAGACGUGCACUACUUCAACAUCAGUGCAUUCACAAUGGAAUAAUUACAGAAAAUAAUAUAAUAUUUUUUAGAAUUUGGAGAUAUUUUAGUCACAGAGCAUCAAUUUUGUGCCUCAAUUAUAUAUUUUUCCUGCAUCAGCAUUCUUUGUGCAGUGCUGCUUGCUGUAACCCCUUUCUCCCCUUCAACUAACCCCAUGUUACUGACUGAAACACAUUACUCAUUUCCUCUGUAAUCUAAACUCGCUUUUACUUAUCAGACGUAUAAAACAUGUUACGACUGCAGCGCUUGGAAUGAAUGAGGCAGCUGUGACCCUUUGCCAAUAGGGCCACACAUAACUUGUACACACUUUCAUUCAUACAUUUUCUACGUCUACUACCCAGACAGUUUGUGAUCGUUAGCAGCAGAGCAUAAUCAGCUUAAAGAAAGUCUUUAUGAGAGACUUUUCCUAAUGUGUUAAUUAGGUGAAGCGUGCGAAUUGAGUGGAGGCAUCUAGGAGAGGACGAGAGCGCACUGUGUAGUAGAUCUAUGUAACUAGAUACACACAUAUACACAGAACAGAUUCAUUACCGUACUAGGUUGCAUGUAUGUUGUAUGGUCACUUAGACGGGAGAAAUGGUGCAAGUCCUGUGUUAACCUCUAACGUCAGCGCACUUGGGCUGUUUCUCCUCUGUAGAUUUUCAUAGUUGGAGUCUUUUUGGAAACUGUGAAGUUGACAUGAGUUUGGAGCCAGGCAAAGAGACCAUUUCAGUCCCCACGUAAAAGUUGGAUUUUGCAUUCUCAGUUACCUGCUAGUGGUGAAAGACUGUUUGCACCUCAUAUGAAUUAACUUGAAGUUCUUAGGUUGUAAGAGUUGAUACAGAUUUAAUGAAAAAAAACUUACUUGACAAAAACACUACAAUGGCACAUUUUCUGCUGCACGUAAAGGAUGGGGACUGAAGUGGCGCUCGCUGGUGAAACUCACAACCUUUUCCAAAAAGGCCAAUACAGUCUGACAGUUUGUCUUUGGUAGCGUUUCCAAUUUUUCCAGCACAGUAGAGGUGUUUCAUACCGGUCUAAUAGUGGUCGUAGUGCAUUAGUUUUUGGGCCAGCUUCACCUGGCAUUAGUUUCUCUGUGAACAGUGAAAGAGGGUUGCCAAUGUGGCCCUCUGUGGCUGACCGUCAACUUUGAUGGAUGGAAAAAAAAAAAGAAGUCUUUGAACUCUGUUACAGUGUGCCAUGCCCUUACAA